AUGUUUGCUGCAGCUUUCACUGUCCCGGGUGGAAACAAUCAAGACAGUGGAGUUCCACUCUUUUUGCAUGAUUACACAUUCAAUAUAUUCAUCAUAGCUGAUGCAAUAUCUUUUUUUACUUCUUCCACUUCAGUACUUCUCUUUAUUGGAAUUCUCACGGCUCUCUAUGCUGAAAAGGAUUUCUUGAAGUCCUUGCCACUCAAGUUACUUUUUGGUCUCAUCGCACUUUUCUUCUUUGUUAUGUCCAUGAUGGUUGCCUUCUAUGCUUCUCUUGCCAUGAUCUUAAAGGGACAUCAGGGAGUUAUAAUAACAGCUAUGUCAUUUGUUAGUAUUCCGGUUAUUGUUCCUGUUCCUUCGCAGUUGAGACUCUUCAUUGAGAUUUUUAAGUCAACAGUAUUAUCCAAUUGA